GUGGAUUCCAACAACGACCGCAUGAGCACCGAGGACGUGCCGUUGUAUACAGGACGCAUGGGCAGCUACUGCUGCGUGUGCAGCGACGCCGCCACGUCUCCGUCUUCCUUGGCGCUGUCCACGGCCGCCACCACCACCGUCGCGGCGGACCCCGCCACGAACCGCAUCCACCUGGUGCAUUCGUCGCACGAUUUCGACGAGUCGUUGCCGACAUCGUUCGAGUUCACGUCCGUGUUGCCGUCGGGGUUUCAUCCGAAGGACGUGUUUGAACAGGUGUCCGCUCCGAUCGAGGACAUCGUGUGCGACGGGUUCAACGCGAGCAUGGUGUGCUACGGCUCGAGCACCUUGAAGCGCGCGACUACCGUGGGCCUGUCGUCAUCGUCUCUCCUUGCCGCGUCCCCACAUGCCGCCUUGUCCACGACAUGUUUGGCCGACGUGCUGGCGGCGUUUGGCCAGAUCGGGGGCAUCCUCUGGCGGCUCUUCCAACACAACCACGGGCUCGAGAUUGGCUUGAGCUGCUGGGUCGUGCACCACAACACCGUUCGCGACAUGCUUCAUCCAUCGCCACCUCCACCGUCGGACCAGCCCCUCCAGUUCAAAACCAUCCGCGUGACUAGUUUACGCCAAGCGCUGGCGUUGCUCCAGCGGCCUCUGCAUCAUCUGGAGGCAGCCGCGCACUUGUUUGUCCGCAUAGCUGUGUACGCACAUGAGGCAGACCAACAGUUGAGUUUGCUGCAUUUUGUCGAGUUGGGCGUUGGAACUUCGGAAGAAGACGCGGAAUUCGUUGGGUUGUUUGACGCGCUCGGGGGUUGUGACGAAGCCUCGACACCUUCGACCGAUCCCGCCUCAUGUGCGCCGCUCACGCAAUUCCUGGCGCCGCUCGUGGCUGGGAAUUCCCAUACGUUUCUGCUUGGGUUUGUGGAUGCCCGCGUGCCGGCGGCGAUGCUGGAUGUCCUCUGGAUCAUGUCGGGCGUCCGGCUCGCUUCGUGCGCGUGCGUCAAACUCACGGGCAUCGAUCGCACGUUGCUGGACUUUGAACCGUUCCCCGACACCAUCGACCAACCCAUUGGCGGCCUCCAAUCCCCAUCUUCACUAACCACCGUAACCCAAAAGUUGUUUGGAGCGUCCAAAGAUGUUGCCAUGCGCCGCCGAUCGUCUGCGCCGUCGAACGAGUCAAUGUCAGUUCCGUUACCCGCUGCGAUCGCUACGACUUCGACGCCCAAGGAAGCUCACCAUCCCAUCGUGCCUCUGCUGCGGUUGCCAGGAGUAGUAGAAGACGCCCAGCAGCAGCAGCACUCGCCGAGCCAUCCCGUCACCAUUUCCCCUUCUACUUGCAUUUCCACAUCUCCAAAAUGGAACCACAUGGUGCCGCCAGCUCCAUCAGCUGACCUUUCGGCAUCGUCGUGGAUAGAGUUGCUCCAGGAAGCGCAUGUCCCUGCCAUGGCUCCGCCCGCGCCAAUUGUGUCGGGUUUGGAUGCCGAGAGUGCUGCCGUGGUGACGGCCACCGAAGCCCAGUUGCUUCGAACUCACUACGACCGAUUGUUAACUGUGCUAAAAGAUCAGCAUGCCCACACAACUUCGCUCCAGCACCAGCUCGAUGAGUUUCACGUAGCUCAAGAAGAGGCCGAAGCUAUUCACCACGUGCAGUUGCAAGAUUUAAAACUCGUCAACGUGGAUUUACGCAGCAAGUUGCGCGUGUUGGAGACGCAAUCGGGCAUGCAAGCGGUGCUGGAAAAGUACGACGUGGAAAUACACACUGUCACGUCCGAAUUGGAGAAAUUAAGGGCCGUGAACCUCGGGUUGGAGUUAAAGCUGGCCGCGAAUGCAAGCGUGGACUUGCGCAAUCGAUACCGUGAUAUUGUCAAGGAGAACGUCAGGUUGCAUGAACAAGUGCUGGCGUUGCGAAAGAAGGAGCGACACUUCUUAUCGUCGAAAAAGAUGGUGGACGAGUCGGCCAAGAAGAUCGACGCUCUUUCCAAAUUGGUCACAACCAAGGACGACAUGCUUAUGGAAGCUAGGCUGGGCGAAGCUAGGUUGAGUGCUCAAGUAGAUCACCAGCAGCAGAAAAGUGUGGCGCUGCAGCAGCAGCAGAGUGUUCUGGCCGCAGAACACGACAAGGCAGCGGAGGAGCUCAUAGCCGUCAAGAUGUACCUUGCCAGCAUUCAAACGGAGCAACGCAAAGCCGAGAUGCUCGAUCGAUUCGUUAAGAAGCACGGGACCAGUUUGCUUUCGACAGAUAAACAAAAAUCGAAUAAUCCCAACCUUCAAGACCAUGGGACAAAGGUGCUCGGCGCCAUUAAACGUACGGUGCCAGCACUCGUGCCAAGUGUCCACAAGCUACUCCAGCGUCUGCACGUACGUAAUUUGAAGAUGCUAGUAUUAUUUCUAAUUUAUUCUAAAACCUAAAAAUACUUCAAAUACGUAUUGAUAUACCCUAAAACAAACUAAUUCAAUUUGAAUAAAAAAUAACAUGUAGGUAAAAAAAAUAUUUAGAAUAUAUAUUCCUAGUAUUGGAGGUUUGAGAUUUUGAUUUGGUUGGAUUGUAUUUUUCAGAAAAAAGAACUCGGCUGUUUUCACGUGUUGUUGGAUCCGUUCGGAGCGAUGUGACUGCUUGUGGCUAUUGUUGUACUAGUACGGUAUACUAGAAGAAGAAUUAUUUAUACAGUCCAACGAUAAAGAUUGUGCGACUUUUCUAGGUCUACCAUGCUUGACUUCUGUGCGUUAUAUAUAUAUAUAUACUGUACAAGUAUAUAUUAGUAUUAUUGUAUUAUAGUAAUUAUGUGUAUAUAUCAUAUAUAUAUGCGAUCUCGUGUUGUAAUACAUAUAUAUAUAUAUGUAUAUCAUGCAUAUUCUCUUGUUUUGAUGACUCUAUUUAUAUACGAGGCCAUAUUGGAUGCAAAUGGUUGUGGAUUGUGGUGGCUUUAAUAUGGAGAUUUGCUUCGGACGUCGUCGUUUCAAGGAUAUAUAUUGGUGGGACAUUGGAAUAGGGGUCCUAGUAUUUUUGUAUUCGUUUUGGCUGACGAGGUCAUUCAAAAUGUUUUAUUCUUGUAUUGUGGACGCAAUGAUGGAAUUAUAUAUUGUGGAUUCGAUACGAAUUUCCAGACCCCGUCGAAU